UGUCGCUUGACUUAAAAAGCCUAGUCAUAAUUAUUUUUGAAUCGACAGUUCUUUCGCUGUUUAAGGCAUUUGCAAAGACGAAUAGAACCAUUUCCGACUUUGAAUUACAAUGCAGUCGAUUAAGUUAAACAAUGGCAGAUCAAUUCCGUCGCUAGGCCUCGGAACUUGGAAAAGUAAACCGGGCGAAGUCGCCAAUGCAGUUAAAGUAGCCAUUGAGGCCGGCUACAGACAUAUAGAUUGUGCUGCAGUUUAUGGCAAUGAAAAGGAAGUAGGAGAGGCUCUAAAAGCUUGCAUUGGAACUACGGUGAAAAGAGAGGAUCUGUUUAUCACCUCUAAACUAUGGAACACAAAGCAUAACCCUGCAGAUGUGCUACCUGCUCUGAAGCGCACACUGAGUGACCUACAACUAGACUACCUUGACCUUUACCUUAUACACUGGCCAUUAUCUUUUGAAGAUGGUGAUAACCCUUUCCCUAAGGAAGCUGAUGGAAGUGUAAUCUAUGCAUAUCAUGAUCCAUGUGAUACCUGGAAAGCUAUGGAGCCCUUAGUGGAUGAAGGCUUAGUUAAAGCUAUUGGAUUGUCAAAUUUUAACAGUAAACAAGUUGAUGACAUUAUAGAGAAGAGCCGUGUAAAGCCUGCUGUACUACAGGUGGAGUGUCAUCCCUACCUCAAUCAAGCUGAUCUUUUGGCUCAUUGCAGGAAGAGAGAUGUGGUUGUAACAGCAUACAGCCCUCUGGGAUCACCUGAUCGUCCGUGGGCAAAACCUGGAGAUCCCUACCUUCUGGAUGAUCCCAAGAUGGUGGCAAUUGCCAGUAAAUAUGGCAAGUCUCCUGCGCAGGUCUGUAUCCGCUUUCAGAUACAGCGUGGUUUGUCUGUUAUACCCAAGAGUGUUACUCCUGCUCGCAUUAAGAGCAACUUUGAGGUUUCUGAUUUUCAACUGUCUGAUGAAGACAUGAAGGUUAUUGAAUCCUUUAACAGACCUUGGAGAGCUUGUAUUCCAAUGAUAGAGGUUGAUGGCAAGAAAGUUCCAAGAGAUGCUGCCCAUCCUUAUUUCCCAUUCAGUAUAUCAUAUUAAUAUCUCCCCUUUUUGUGCUUAUUGCUCACAAAUAUUUACAUACUGACAACUUCUAAUGUGGCUUUUU